AUGCAGACAGCCAACUCAACAGUCAAUUUCUCACUGGCGGUGGAUAUCAUCGCCCAUCAGCGCCAUCACACCGAAUGGCAGCAGCAGGCUGGCAGCUGGAUGCAAUUUCGCAUGAGUUCUCCGACCUUGGAAACAGUCAUGGACAAUAUCAAAAAGUUUCACCAGCACCUCGUCGCAAAGCAGGACAGGAUCACUCAGUCCAUGAAUUUGCAAUUUUGCAUAAGGGAUUCGUAUCGGCUCUCUGGCGCUUGCCAACCGAAGUCCUAUCCCAAAUUUUCAUCCACUGUCUCCCGGACACCAGCCACUUGUCGCCUAUGUCGGGGCCAGCAUGGGGCCCCCAUACUGUUGACUAGAUUGCAUAUGAUCGAGUUCAAUCCCUCCGCUGUGGCGCAUGGCAUCGGUAAGGUCACUCGGAAACCUACGACAACAACUAUCGCGUCAGACGUGGAGGUGGUCUACGACAAGGUUUUUCAUGCCUACCCUUGGAGUAUUAUACUGGACGAGGAGAGGAUGGUGAUAUCUACCCUCAAGAAAACUGAAUAUGUCUUUCUAAAGAAUUCGGAAACGGAUGGCGUCGUUUUUGAUAUGUAG